AGGAUCCAUUCAAGUUGAAGGCCCCGACGAGAAAGCAAAGCAAAAAAGCAAAGACGAACAGAACUGCAAGAACCAGGUGCAAUCUACCUAAAUUUCGCAUCUGCAAGUCCCUCGUCUACUGCAACAAGAGGGGAGAGGCGCCAUCAUCCAUCCAUCAAGAGGAGGGUGGAUACACUCGGCAACAACAAAGUCGAUUGCUUCAUGCGAGCUAGGAUACUCUUAAUGCUUGGAAGCUUUGCGGGAACAGAGCUGGAAACCAAGCCAAAUCAUUGAUUGCAUCAAAGUCUUAGUACUGCAUCAAUCAAUCUAAUUGUUCUUCUAUAGCCCAAGAAUGUUGGUGUAUCCAUUGUCGACUUCUGGUCUUUGUGUCGAGUAAACAGCAUAGUUAGUUGUGUACGCUUUCUACUUAUUCCUGGCGGAUCCAUCCGAGAAGUAAAGUUGGAUAGAGAGAAAGAGACGGCAUGUCCAAGGAAGAGGCGAGAGGGUACCAACAAGAAGAGAGCACACACCCGCACACACACACACAACAGACCACCACACCAGCACAACGACCCGUUCCGGGGGUAGAAGACGAAAGUGCUCAAAUCGUGAGCGACACCACGUCCAGCGGGAUACCGUCACCUGGCACCCCCACCGAUGAGCAGAAACCAUCAGCCAAAUCAGCAGCUUCGGAAGGGACAACCAGUCAAGACGACCCCACAAACAAACCACGACAAGUUAUAGCUGUCAGCGCCUCAAGAGGCCCAGCAGCUUUCUUCAAUCUUGCUCGGAAGUUCUUGGUGACAGACGAAACAUGCGACCUGUCAGCAUUAGAAGGAGCAAUUGUAUCAGCCGUAGACGCAGCACAUCUUCUGGAGCGUUCCAAACUAGCUACCAUAAUACGGGUUCAAACUUCAUACGUAACCGUAGAACCGAAGCGGCGGAAGCAACAGCAGCAAGCAAGCGGACAUGGGGGAGAUGAACCGCAACGUGCGGUGCCUCCUCUUCCAGAGAGUGCAGCUCUGCCGCCAACACAAGGAGCAACAAGACAGAGGGGAUCAGGGGCAGCAGGCGGGCGCGAACUAAGACGAGCUCGAAUAGUGAUCACCGUAAAGAGAACACAGAGCUAUGAACGAUGGCUUGAAGAGAACCCACUGCAAGCUAUCAUUGCAGGAGAUGGGGAUGAUGAAGCCUCGGCUGAGCCUGUUACAACAGGUUGAAGCCUUCCAGCAACUGAAGUCUCUUGUAUCAUUUCUGCUAUUCCAAUUCCAUGUACAGACAUCCGCUCCUCCUUGAGGGGCACCGCUAUACGAUGCGUUCAAGUUGGGCCCUUGUCUCCAUCCCCGAGCCCUCUCCUUAUCAUGACUGCCUCCUUCUUCCUACGACAACCGUCGGAAGCCAUGUACAGACAGCAUCAAGCUUGAGCAAGCAUUGACUAUAUUAUUUCAGCUACUACUAGAUCACAGACAUAGAGUUUAAAACAGCGAUAAGCACGAUAAUCACAAGUUUUGAUGCGC